GCCGCACCUCCCUGCUGCAGAGCGCGAGAGAGCCCACCUCUGGAGAGGGGGCCGGAGCCUGGGCGAGAGAGAGAGACUGGAGACAGAGCCCCCGUGCAGCCCUGAAAUCCCAGCCUCAGGAUGGCACAGCCCAGGAAGCAUCGCUGUCCAAUCCGGACCCUUUGGACUGUUUCAAAACUCCCCUCCACGCCGGCUCCUUCGCUCAUUUCGCUCUCCUUUCCUCCCCCGGGUGCAGCCGCCCUGCAGGGGUUUCCCCCGGGUGGACCCAGUCUAGCGGGGAACAGUGCGCCGUGCCCCGCCACGCCUUGUGCCAGCAUUGCUGCUGCCACCCGGAGCCACCUCCAGCCAAGCCAGGCUGUGACCUGACGCCAUCCCGUGACCCGGUGAGAGAAUGCGGGCAGGUGCCGCGCUGGCAGUACCAUGGCUCUUGCUGCUUGCUGUGGCCGGUGCCCGUGGGCAGGCCGAGAAGCCAGCCUUCGCCCCCCUCUUCACCAGGAAGCCCUUCAUCGUGGCCUGGAACGCACCCACCCAGGACUGCCGGCCCCGCUUCAAGGUGCAGCUGGACUUCACCCUCUUUGACCUGCAGGCCUCGCCCAACGAGGGCUUCGUGGACCAGAACCUCACCAUCUUCUACAAGGAGCGCCUGGGCCGCUACCCCUACUACGACGAGCAGCAGGUGGCCGUGAAUGGUGGCGUCCCCCAGAACAGCAGCAUCAGCGAGCACCUGGGCCGGCUCCGUGAGGGCAUCGGCAAGUACAUCCGCUCGGAGGCCAAGGAGGGGCUGGCCAUCAUCGACUGGGAGGAGUGGCGGCCCAUCUGGAUCCGCAACUGGCAGAACAAGGACAUCUACCGCCAGAGUUCCCGCCAGCUGGUGCUGUCGCGCCACCCCGACUGGCCGGAGGACCAGGUGAGCAAGCAGGCCCAGUAUGAGUUCGAGACCUCGGCCCGGGACUUCAUGCUGCGCACCUUGCAGUGUGCCAAGCGCUACCGGCCCAAACAGCUGUGGGGCUACUACCUCUUCCCGGACUGCUACAACCACGACUACAGCAAGAACCCGGACAGCUACACCGGGCACUGCCCGGACGUGGAGGAGACUCGCAAUGACCGCCUGGCCUGGCUCUGGAAGGAGAGCACCGCGCUCUACCCCUCCAUCUACCUCGAGCAAGUCCUGGCCUCCUCCGCCAACGGCCGCAAGUUCGUGCGCUCGCGGGUCCUGGAGGCCCUGCGGAUCUCCCACCAGCACCAUGAUGGCCACUCGCUGCCUCACCUACAGCCGCAAGCUGGACGUGCUGAGCAGGGUGAGGAGGCAGACCUGGUUUCCACCAUCGGCGAGAGCGCUGCCCUGGGAGCGGCUGGCGCCAUUUUCUGGGGCGAUGCGGACUACACCAAGAGCCAGGGCUUCUGGGGCUUCUACGGCUCCCCCGGGUGCUAUAACAACGACUUCAAAGCCACCAACUACACGGGGGAGUGUCCCGCCGUGGAGCAGCGGCGGAACGAGCAGCUCCGGUGGCUCUGGAACCAGAGCCGGGCGCUCUACCCGAGCAUCUACCUGCCCGAGGAGCUCCGGCUGACGGGCAAGGUCGGCGCGUUCGUCCGGCACCGCGUGGGCGAGGCGUUCCGGGGGCGCUGGGGCAGGAAGGAAGCAGGAGGGGGUCGCAGAACAUCCACCAUGACUCUGGGCCUCACCGCGUGGGCCUGGGCCCUGUUCUGCCUGGGAGCCCCCCGGGCGAGCGCCUCCGCCAGCCCCCUUCUGCGGCCGGAGCCCUUUACGGUGGUGUGGAACAUGCCCACGGCCCGGUGCCACCAGCGCUUUGGGGUCCACCUGCCUCUCGAGGACCAUGGCAUCCUGGAGAACCCGGGCCACACCUUCCGGGGCCCAAACAUGACCAUCUUCUACAAGAACAAGUUUGGCCGCUACCCCUACAUCUCCCCCGAGGGCCAGCGCCACCAUGGGGGCAUCCCCCAGAAAGUCCGCCUCCAGGAGCACCUGGAGAGGGCCGCAGCCCAGAUCACCCGGCUCCUGCCCCCAGACUUCCCCUGGCUGGCCCGGACCGCCCCCCUGCCGGUCCUAGCGUACUCCCGGGUCUCCUACCAGCACUCCGCCAAGUACCUGUCCCAGGCUGACCUGGUCCAUACCAUCGGGGAAAGCGCGGCACUUGGCGCCACCGGCCUGGUGCUGUGGGGGGACAACUCCUACUCCCGCUCAGCCGACAGCUGCAGGAGCCUGCACCAUUACAUCACCCACACCCUGGGGCCCUACGUGGUGAACGUGACGUCGGCAGGCCGGCCGGCGAUCCUGCAGAGCGAGUCGCUGCGGGUCCUGGCCCGCUGGCUGGAGGCCCAGGAGGAGUCGGUGCGGCAGAUGAGAGGCACCAGCCUGCAGCUGUGGAAGUGGCUGAACGCCAGCGCGCCUGAGGCCCAGACGGGAGCCGCCCCGCUGAGGCCCAGACGUGAGCUGCCCGGCGAGCCCCAGGGCCAGCAGCCUGCGAAGGACUGA